AAAGUAAGUUAUUUUAGUCUUGAUAUGUAAAUAGUAAAUAAGAUGAAGCCUUCUAUUGCUGUUUGAGAUCACUUGGCUAACGAUUAACCGUAAAAUAAAGAUAUAAUUUCUCGUCUGAAUUAAAACUGAAAAACAGAAUUUGGAUCAUAAGAUCAACAUAAUUGAAUGUGCCUAAAUUUAAUCACAUGCUUGCGCUAUCAAGUAUUUGUCAAUGGAAGAAGGUAGGUACCCUGUCAAUGUGUGCGAAGAGUGCCAGUAGGCCAUGAUGCAACGUAUCCCCUUAUAUAUUUAGCUAUGUCAUAAUUUCAGGUUGCGACUCAGUGCCAAAUCUUUCCUUGCACCCAUUGUUUGAAGCUGUCAAUUCCUGACCCCUUGUACACACUAAGUUCGAAUCAAUUCGCGAUCGAACCUAUCUAUGAAUAUAUUUGAAAUAUCAAAAACACUCUUUCGGUGACUCUCUUGACCAUCAGGUGCUUUAUUGCUUUAAUAAAGGGUAUCCUAUCUGAGAAGUAAUUGACAAUCUUUUUACGUUAUGCCACACGAUUUAAUAUGAGCCUUGUAGGGCAAGUUUUUAUUAUCUGAUCACAGAAGAUGCUUUUUCAAAAAGAAUAUCCUUCUUAAAUCUAAGCGAAAAGGAAGAUCUGGCUGAUAUUAACCGAUUAAAAUCCACUAUCAAUUCUAAUGUAAAGCAACUUGUGGCCGAUGGGACUUCACAAUAGCAUCGAAAGUGCUAGAAUGCUUGUAUUCACCAUUCGGAAUUGAUUUUACAUGUACAGAUAAAAAAUGAUAAGUUGAUGUUUUCUAUUGAGAGAUCCCUUUGAAGCUGUAUUUUGGUAUAUAAAGGUUUUGUAACUAGUCUUUAGGUAUAGUGUUUGGGUUUUUGGACUUGUCGCACAAUCCUAGUUGAUCUCAUGUAUAUAAUAGGUUGUACGCUGAGCCUCAGCUCUAAGUCACAAUGGAUCGUAAAAUAUCAAUACCUGAUACAUUUGCUGUCGUUUUGUAAAUUUAUCUAAAAACUUGAAACCGUAAAUAUCUAUGAAGGCGCCUAUAAAUUCAAAUCAAGGGAAGAUUGCUACUCAGCUAAAACGAAAAAAAAAAUGUCUCAUCAAAUUAAGAGAAACCUAACAUAAGAAGCUUUCGUUUGGACGAUUGAUACUCUCUUUUUUAAACUGACUUUCGGUUCUAUUUUUCAACUACUUUCUUGACCAAGGUUUUUUUAAGACAAUUUAGAGAAUUUAGAAUUUAAGGACAAACACAAUAACCUUCAUAUGUAGUUUUUUUGUGGCUGACCCCAAUUCUACAACUUUCUAUUUCCUUCAUAAUUCCUCUAACGUUUAUAUUCUGAAUUGUGUAAGGCGAGAAAGCGUUACGUUUAAAAACUGAUUUUCCGAAAUUGUAAGAAAAUAUCUAAAAAUGAUAUCCAUAAGUUUCAAAUGAAGCCAGUUAUCUUUGGGGCAAAAUCUGCAAAAUCCCCUAAAAGCAUUUCAGAAUCCAGUUUUUUUAAAGUAUGAAGCACUUCAGCAUUUUGAUUUUAUCUAAUCAGGAAUUUGUGUAGAACUGCCCGUUAAAUAACCCUGCUCUUGACUAAGUGCGCAUUUUUGUGAAGAAGAUGAGAUGUGAAAGAGGCUGCUUGCGUAGGAGCGAGGCAUCGGAUUGAAAAUCACUUCGGAUUGCACGUUUAUACUUGUUAAAAUGGGAAGAGGAGUAUUUCGGAUUGAUUUACACUUCACCACAAAAGUUGAGUGACACUUACUCCGGUUUGGCAUUACAAAGGCUCUUUGGAUUGCAUCAGCUUCGUGUAACUGAAACCCCUAUCCGAAGUAAGGACCAAUCAGAAGUGAACCCAAACUGGCGUCGUGUAACUAAGGCCUUACACUAUCUACAAUGGAUAUAGGGUCUACACAUCGACAAAGAGCAUCGUCAUUCAAAGCCCCAGGGUUGAAAGGGAGAACUCUUGAGUCUUGAUAUUGAAGAUUCCUCAUAAUUGUGGAUGAGAAAUCAUUCUCAACUUUUUGCUUUACAGCGAGCACACAACUAUAGCUGAAUAUAUGCCUACCGAGUUUACUAAAUUGGAGACGCAUUUAAUUUGAUACGCAAAAAUCCUUUGACGUAUUUAAAGUUUCUUAUACAGUAUUCUCAGAUGGCCAUGUAAUGAUAAGAGGCCUGUUCUUGCAUUCACGAAGAGAAGGAUCAUAUCUCUUUUUAAAAACAUUUGCACUUAUCAGGUACAUUAUUCAAGCACAUGCUUUAAAAUAGAGCGGUCCAUGUUGCAGGAUAAGUAGUGGCGCUGAUUUAUAAGAUAAUCAUAAACUGAAGUUCAGGCGGUAUUUCAUUAAAAAAGAUGCAAUGGUGAUUGAUCAAUCUUAAGGUUAAAAAGAGAACCUUUUUUCCAGUGCAUCAUGACUUUCUACCUAAACCUGUAUGGAAUCCAGUGCCUAUGUUUAUAUUUCGAUACAUUCCAUUUUAAAUCUCGAACUUGGAAAGUUGAUAACAUUGAGCAGGUACUGCUCAACGAAGAAUUUCAAAAAAUCAAAAUUCAUCUUCCAAGCUAAAAAAGGUAACAUGUUCCAACAGGCUGGGAUUGCCAUUGCCGAUGUCAACUUCAUCCUCUGUUACGAUAUUUUUUGAAGACACAGUAACUUUUUCUUCAAUUAUGUUAACUAGAGACGUAUGCAAAAAGGGAUUCAUUGAACGGCAACUCAAUAACGAUGCUACCGAUAAGCAACUAAAUGUUCAUGUUUUAUUUUACGAUUACGAGGAAAAUCGUUCAUUUUAUCAUAAAAUGAUCAUGCUAGUUGAUCUACGCAUGUUGAUUUUGUUGCUAGUAAUCGUUUUACAAGAUAAGACAAUAUACUAUUUGGUAUAUUUAUAUUGGCAAGAGCUUAUAAGUGCACACGAUUUUUACUGUAUUAAGAAGGAGAGGUGUUUGAAGCACAGGGCGACUGCUGUCAAAGGACUCUGCCGCAUUGCAUGUUAUUUAACGAACAUCAAAUAGAGAAAAAUACGAAAUUGAAGGAAAAAACAUAUAUGAAAAACAAAGUGGAGUAACAUUAAAAAUGAACGUCAUUCUAAGCGCUAUCAAGUGGUAAAAGGUUUUCAAAAUACAUUGAUCGAUUAUCAGGAAAAUAGCAGCCGAAUAAAAACUCAUUACCAUGAAGAACUAAAUGGUUAAGAAAUCGAUGGCGAUUAAGGAUGUUGCAGUGCUUGCGUCGGAGAUAGGGUGACUAGGAAAGCAAGAGCAGGUGCAAUGUCUAUUUUGCAGUUUAUAAUGACUGUAUGAUAAAGUACAUAACUUGUAGCAAAAGAUCUUCUACCUAGCAAUGAAUGUUGAUGUACAUUGUUUGCAGCAAGAGAUCUUUCACAAGUAGCGAGUAAGUCAACUUUUGAAUCAAGUGAAGGAAAUCGCACUGCAAAGAGCAAAACAGAUUAAUCUUCUUCACAAGACAGCGUUUGCUGACAUAAGAUCCUAGAGUGGCAGGUGAAAGAAAGGAGUUUAUGAUAUGAAAGAUCCUGUUUUUAAGACAUUUAUUGUCUAAACAGCAAUCAUAUGCAAAAAGCCCAGGUCACAAACUGGGACGGCGCCUCUUUACUGCAGCACCAAAAUUAGUAUGAAGGUAAUCGCUGUGCGCUUCCAAUAGACUUUUGAGGGUGUACUGCAUAAACAAUGAGGAGGGUUCUAUUUUCAGCGACGUCAUACGUGGAAUUUUUCUAGAUAUCUGCAGCUGACGCAUCAUCAUAUUUUGAUAUCGUCGGUAUCUCUUAGUUGAAAGGAAACUGCGCAUGGUGGAACCGUCCAGGUGUCGUCAAUAUAGAAGAUAACUGAUAUCAGAUGUUUGAAAAGGUAUUUUGCAUGUAAUUUUAACUAAUAUGAGUACUGCAAGUUUUGAUAAUCUCUAUGUGAUAGCGGUCAGCGAAAUCAUAAGUAGCUUUCUACAUGGUAGCCAAGGCUCAUUCAUCAGGAAGUCGUGUUGGAAAAGGCAUUUAGUUUGAAUACGGAAGACUUUAGAAUACGUGCUGUCAGAAAACUAGAACACGCUCGUGCCACUUUGAGUAUACAUUACACACAUCCAUUGCAAUUGUGUCAUCGCUACAAGACUUUCAGCUGAAGGAGGAAGGAGAACACAAACAGCAGUAGAUGCAGUGACUGUGGAUAUCAGAUGAAACAUGCAAGGUUUCAGUGGAAAUCGGUCACUGAUGAAAGAUACUGCUGGUUUCCACGACUUAGACACAAAACAUUCGCUUGCAGUCAUGCUGAAUCAAAGUGCCAACUUUUCAAAUGAAAUGGGAAAUAACACUUUCAAUUCAAGUCGGCUUUCAAGUAACACGACUUCAGACUUUCUUCCUUUUCCUGACUCGGGAAUCCACCCAUUGUACGUCGCACUGUACGUUUUUGCGACUCUCCUGAUUCUACCUGGAAUUAUCGGCAAUAGCUUGAUCAUCGCAGCAGUAUCGAAGCUGCGUACGCUGCGCAGUGCAACAAAUUACCUAAUAUGCAGUCUGGCAGCAGCAGACUUGAUCAUGAUGUUCGUGAUGAUCUCAUUUCUGGUGUAUGAUGGCUUCAAACUUAAUCUUCCAGAAAAUAUUCAAUUUUGGCUGUUCCCUUCGAUGGAUAUAGCUGUCGCUUCAGCAUCAAUCAUGAGCUUGGCAGCCGUCAGUUUCGACAGGGGCCUUGCCGUACUCAAGCCACUCCAUUAUGACCAAAUGUUCCAUCGCAAACGAGCCAUUCACUUAAUCAAAGGGAUAUGGGGAUAUGUUACAUUUAUCUUCAUCCUAAGCGUCCUACGGUGUAAGUUUUCAAGCGAUGCAUACCAGUAUACCGUCCUUUCCAUUGCCUACAUAAUUGGCUUUAUCAUGCCUUGUGGGAUCGUCACAAUUUCAUAUGCAAUUAUCCUUUUCACAACGCUGCGCAUAAUCAAGAUAUCGCGACAGCUAGAAAGAUCUUUGAAAGUGAGCAGAGGAAGAGAGGAUAAUGAUAAGCAACACGGUACAAAGAAGCUACAACUUCAUGAAGCGAAAGUGGCAGUCAAUCUCAUGCUUAUUCUCGUCCCGUUCAUGGCAGGCUGGGGGUUUUAUUUUGGAACUUUUUGGUCAGAGCAUUUCAAUGGUGAUGUGAUCAGCCGAUCUGCGUUAUAUGAAUGGUUCUUACUUGUCAUCCCCUGGUUCAUCAGUAGCAUCAACCCUAUUGUUUACAUCAUUUUCACGAAGAUGUUACGGCAAGGUUGCAAGAAGCUGAUUUACAAGUACAUCAACAAAAGGAAGCAGGGGAGUUCUUUACGCAAGAAGACCUCAAACACACGGAGCAUCCUCUUCAGACGUCGUUCCAGCAUCGACAGCCAAAGUAAGAGCUUGCUGAGUCUUUGGUCACGUGGAAAACGGUCCAGUUCCGCUGCGAGCGAGACAGUCAUGACCCGUUUACAUCGUUCCAGUUUUGCGGUAAACAAGGAAGGAGGGAGAUUAUCUGCAAAAGAUAUUGAGUAAAGCCGGCUAUAUCACAGCAGUAGCUGGGAAAAGCAAGCAGUUUUUUCAGAUUGGUUUUUCUUUCAGUCAAACUGAUGUUCAAUUUGACUCAGAUAAGCUGAAUUCCUAAUUGACAUAACAGGCUUCAGUGCUAGAGGCCUUAAAACGCAUUACUGUAAAAAAAUAAUAUAACAAAGUUAGCUGCUUGCUAAUGAAACUGUGUGUAGAAAUAGCGAGCAAGGAGUUAGAUCGUUUCAUAGCUCUGCGCGAGACAUUGAUUCAUAAAUAACGUUAGAAUACUUAGUAUGAGUGCUGGCUGAUAUUCAUAUUCGCACUAACAAACUGUUUUCGUUGUGUGUGGCGCUUCAGCUUGCAUUUACUGAAUCUUAAUGAAUAGUUUGAAAAAAGACGUGUCUUCUUUUUUUCUUUCCUUUGGUGCAUGUCUGCGUUAUCGAAUAGAAAACCCUCGUAUCAUGGUAAUCUUCAAAGAUUACGACAAAGCGUCAAAAUUCAACAAGUAUCUUGCAUUUCUGUUUAGCAGCGUCAUAAAAAGCCCAUGUUUCUUUCACGUACCCUAAGAAACCUGACAUAAUAGCCUGUGGAAAUAUUUUUUAACAAAAUUCGUAUGUUUAGGAAAAUUUUGACACUGAUACUACAGAAAAUAACACGAUUAGAAUCCCAUUACGUGUGUACUUAAAUCAAAUAAAAUCCGUGAAAAAAAUAAAAUGAAUCAAAUAUACUCUCCUGAUUUCUCUAUCAUAUUGCAGAAUGAAAACGAACACGUAUUGGAAGAACAAGCGCAGGCAAGAAAAAAACGUAAUCUGAAGCCUUACCCAUUUGCAUAUAUAAUGUCACCAGUUCUAUGAAUACGAGACGUUUUCCUAUACCGAGAUAUCGAUACAAACAAACCAAAAGGCUGACAGAAUGCUAAGCUUGUCAAAGGAGAUUCCUUAAAUUUUUCCAAUUGAUGAACUACUACGCCACUGAUAGCACCCCUCCCGCGCCGGCAGGAAAUUAACCUGCAGCUACCAUUUUCAGGGAACUGCUUACAUACUGUCACUGUCCCACUGUCAAUGUCAAACUCCUAAUAAAAACAUAGAAAAAAAUAAACCUUUCUCAAAGAAGAGUCGAAAGAAAAAAGCAAUUUCAGUAUGUUAUGGCUUCGAGUUUUACUGCAAAGUUGAAAUAUUACUACCACCUAUGUCUCAAACAGUGAUGGUGCAAAGCUCUUUAGUAUGAUUGGCAAG